ACAGAGCGGCUUAUUGGGAGUGGUGCGGACAUUGUGCAAUAUGCGAAUAGGGCACGUUAUAUGCGCUCCUGCUGCUUUUUGAAAAGUUAUAAUGCAGCUGUGCGUGGUCGACCACUGCUCCUAAACUCCAUGAAGUGUUCAAGCUCAGAUAAAGUCGGUCAGGCGCAGUGGGAACGGAUAUCGGAAUACACGCAGGACGAACCCGCAGAUUAAAAGUGUGAUUGUAAUUUUUCGGAGGAGAGAUGGGGAACGCGGGGAGUAUGAACCAACACACUGACCCCAGAGGACACCACAUGCCACUCAAACUGCCCAUGCCCGAGCCGGCGGAGCUGGAGGAGAGAUUUGCGCUCGUUCUGAACUCGAUGAACUUGCCUCCAGACAAAGCAAGAUUACUACGGCAGUAUGACAACGAGAAGAAAUGGGAACUCAUUUGUGACCAGGAACGAUUUCAGGUGAAGAACCCACCUCACACAUACAUCCACAAGUUACAGAGUUAUCUGGACCCGGCCGUGACCAGGAAGAAGUUCAGGAGGAGAGUGCAGGAGUCCACACAGGUCCUGCGGGAGCUGGAAAUCUCAUUACGGACCAAUCACAUUGGAUGGGUGCGGGAGUUUCUGAAUGAGGAGAACAAGGGUUUGGAUGUGUUGGUGGAGUAUCUUUCGUUUGCACAGUAUGCUGUCACGUAUGAUGGUGACAGUUCUGAGAACAGCACAGAGAACUCGGUGGAUAAAUCUAAAGCCUGGAGUCGAUCGAUUGAAGAUCUCCAUGGAGGAAACCACCUCUCGUCUGGAGGCUCAGGCAGUAACAUCUCUAGAACCAACAGACAUUCAACAAUAAGGUCUAAUACGUUACCCAGCAGGAGGACAUUGAAGAACUCCAGAUUAGUAUGUAAGAAAGACGACGUUCAUGUGUGCAUUAUGUGUCUACGGGCUAUCAUGAACUACCAGUAUGGCUUCAACAUGGUCAUGUCUCACCCUCAUGCUGUGAAUGAAAUUGCACUAAGUCUGAACAAUAAGAAUCCCAGGACUAAGGCUCUGGUGUUGGAGCUGCUGGCUGCCGUGUGUUUGGUUCGAGGAGGUCAUGAGAUCAUUCUCUCUGCCUUUGAUCAUUUUAAAGAGUGUGUAGCUGUGAAAAUCAAGAAACCCAUCAAGACAAAGUUCCGCAUGCCGGUAUUUAAUUGGGUGGCGCUGAAACCCAAUCAGAUCAACGGCACCGUCUUCAACGAGAUCGACGAUGAAAGAAUACUGGAGGAUCUGAAUGUGGAUGAGUUUGAAGAGAUGUUCAAGACGAAAGCGCAGGGUCCAGCCAUAGACAUCACCUCCAGCAAACAGAAGACCUCUCAGAAAGGACCGCAUAAAAUCUCGCUGCUGGACGCCAACAGAUCGAAAAACCUGGCUAUCACCCUCAGGAAAGUGGGCAAGACAUCAGAGGAAAUCUGCAGAGGCAUUCAAUUGUUUGAUUUGAGGACGUUGCCGGUGGAUUUCGUGGAGUGUUUGAUGAGGUUCAUUCCAACGGAAGCAGAGCUGAAAGUUUUGCGGCAGUACGAGAAGGAGCGCAAGCCUCUGGAAAACCUGACAGACGAGGAUCGCUUCAUGAUCCAGUUCAGCAAGAUAGAGCGCCUCAUGCAGAAGAUGACCAUCAUGGCAUUCGUGGGGAACUUCACAGAGAGCAUUCAGAUGCUCACACCGCAACUUCAUGCCGUCAUUGCAGCCUCUGUCUCUAUCAAGUCCUCACAAAAACUCAAGAAGAUUCUGGAAAUCAUCUUAGCUCUGGGGAACUACAUGAACAGCAGUAAAAGAGGAGCAGUGUAUGGUUUCAAGCUGCAGAGCUUAGACCUGUUAUUAGAUACUAAAUCAACAGACCGCAAGAUCACUCUUCUGCACUAUAUAGCAAAUGUAGUGAAGGACAAAUACCAGCAGGUGUCGCUCUUCUAUAAUGAGCUAAACUAUGUGGAAAAAGCUGCAGCCGUCUCUCUGGAGAAUGUUUUAUUGGAUGUGAAGGAGCUUCAGCGAGGGAUGGAUCUGACCAGGAAAGAGUACAGCAUGCAUGGCCACAACACUCUGCUCAAAGACUUCAUACAGCAAAACGAGAACAAACUCAAGAAACUGCAGGACGAUGCCAAGAUCGCUCAGGAUGCCUUUGAUGAGGUGGUGAAAUUCUUUGGGGAAAAUGCGAAAACGACGCCACCAUCGGUGUUUUUCCCAGUGUUUGUGCGCUUUGUGAAGGCCUACAGGCAAGCGGAGGAGGAUAAUGAACAGAAGAAAAGACACGAGCAGAUGAUGAUGGAAAAGCUGAUUGAGCAGGAGGCAAUGAUGGAGCAAGAGGAUCAGAAGUCUCCCUCUCAUAAGAAUAAGCGUCAGCAGCAGGAGUUGAUUGCAGAGCUGAGGAAAAAGCAGGUGAAGGACAGCAGACACGUUUAUGAGGGUAAAGACGGAGCCAUUGAGGACAUCAUCACAGAUCUGAGAAACCAACCUUACAGGCGCGCUGAUGCCGUCAGGAGGAGUGUCCGGAGACGCUUUGAUGAUCCCAAUUUGCGGCCAGUCAACAACGCAGAGAUGGUCAUGUGACGAGGGCGGAGUGAAUGAAUGUAGUGAAUGGAAUGGAGGAGUUGACAGCUCCAGAACAACGUAAUGAAGGACUGAAGAUGACAGCAGGUCUGAAAGUCAAGUGCCUACUCUUAACAUCUGUCCAAUCAGGUGUUGAAUCAAACGUGUAAUUGUCUCCUGUUUGUAAUUUUUGUUUGUUUUAUACGAAAAGUGUCUUGAUCUGUCUUAUAUCUUAAAUCGUAGAUGGCGAGAUCAGUGUUUCUCUUGAGAUGGUGUCAGAAUGUAAAACUAUUCCAACACUUUAUGCAUCAUGAACCUGUACAAAGCCUCAAACAUUCCAGUGCUUUCGCCGCAUCUGAUCAAUCUGGAUGUGCAUCUUAAGAGUCGCCAUGAAAUGGAAGUUAAGAUUGUCUUGCUACAUCCGCUUAAAACAGUACUGAAAUGAGAGAAGAGUAGGCUGGUGCAUGAUUCCGUUCUUUGGAAACUGAUUGGAUUGUUGAUGGAUGAAAGAUUAACGAAUCAAUGAGUCAGAAAUACUGAUAGCCCCGCCCUAAAGGAAUUCCAUGUGACCAGGAAGUGAAGAACAGUUGUUUCGAGGGGAUGGGAAGGUUAGAGUACUUGAUUAAAGUACAAGAACUACUAUAUACAUAUAAAAAUAGUAGAUUUUGAUUUCAGGGCAACUUCAUGUCAGCUGAAACUGGGUACAUUCUUUUUUGGGAAGAUAAUAUAAUAGAGCAGGGGUCACCAAUCUCGUUCCUGGAGGUCCGGUGCCCUGCAGGGUUUAGCUCCAACUUGCCUUAACACACCUGCCUGGGUGUUUUAAGUAUAUUGUACCUAGUAAGACCUUGAUUAGCUUGUUCAGAUGUGUUUGAUUAGGGUUGGAGCUAAAAUCUGCAGGACACCGGACCUCCAGGAACAAGUUUGGUGAUCCCUGUAAUAGAGCAUAAGAAAGGUUUAGGGAAGUUAAAGCUGUGUUGUAAAACGUUGAUGGCUGGAGAUGCUGCAGGGUGCCACACAACGGCCAAAGAUAAAAACAACAUGGACAUUGUUAAAAGAAGAUGGUUCGAAGUCUAGGAGUGUUAAUAUGUGUCGUAUUAUGAAAGAAUCCAGGCAAGUAGGAGAAAGUUUAAGGAAAGGAUUGAUGUUGCUGAGGAAAAUUUGAAAUUAUGAACCGGAGGCAGUAGAGCUUUAGUAUCUCGCAUUUCUGGAAACAAGUCUAAAUGAAAAUGCUGGAUGCAAAUCUGUACACUACCUGACUAAAGUCUUGUCGUUGAUCCCAGUUGUAAGAGCAACAAAUGGUAACUUGACUUCUAGUUGAUCAUUAGGAAAAUUGGCAGAAGGUAGAUUUAUGUGUUGAACUGCAUCUCAAUCAUCACAAAUACUGCAGAAGACCUAAUGGAACCCGCAUAGAUCCAAGAUUCUCACAAAAAUCAGUCAAGUUUGGUGAAGGAAAAAUCAUGGUUUGGGGUUAUGUUCAGUAUGGGGGCGAGCGAGAGAUCUGCAGAGCGGAUGGCAACAUCAACAGCCUUAGGUAUUAAGACAUUUGUGCUGCCCAUUACAUUACAAACCACAGGAGAGGGCAAAUUCUUCAGCAGGAUAGCGCUCCUCAUACUUCAGCCUCCACAUCAAAGCUCCUGAAAGCAAAGAAGGUCAAAGUGCUCCAGGAUUAGCCAUCCCAGUUACCAGACAUGAACAUCACUGAAUAUGUCUGGGGUAAGAUGAAGGAGGAGGCAUUAAAGAUGAAUCCAAAAAAUCUUUAUGAACUCUGGGAGUCCUGCAAGAAAGCUUUCUUUGAGUCAUUUGAAUCAUUGCAGAGAUGUAUGGAUGCAGUCCUCCAAGCUCAUGGGAGUCAUACACAAUAUUGAUUCUGUUUCCACUGCACCAUGACUUUAUAUUCUAUACUGGACAAGACUUUUAAGCAACAAGACUUUUGUCUAAGCAGAGUCAGACCUUACUGUCCUAAUGAAAUCAUUAAAAAUCAAGACAUGAUCAUAUUUUAUUUUGGUCAAAUAAGCGUAAUCUAGAGCCCUUCGCCUUUCAUAUAAGCCACUUCUGAUGCCAAAUGAUCAACUAAAAGUCAAGUUGUUAUUUGCUGUUCCUAAAACUUGGAUCAGUGACAAGACGUUUGUCAGGUAGUGUAAUUAGGUUCAAACUGUGGGUUUGUUAAAAUCAAUGAAAAUUCUGGAAUCAAACUCUUCAAAAUCACGUUUCUGAACAUUUCUUUGAUUGACUAAAGGCCUUGAUAUCAUACACUGUAAAAAGCAAGAUAAAAAGAGAGUACACUCUAAAAUAUAAAAAUGCUGGGUUGUCUUAACCCAGCAUUGGGUAUGAUAAUGGAAUAGAUAUCGACGAAAACAACAUUGUUUGUGUCCAUUUUUUUUUUUUACCCAACACUGGGUUAUUUUUUUUUCAAUUAAAUUUAAAAGACACUUUCUAAGAGUAACCGUUGGGUUAUUACACUUUUCAACAGCUGGGUUUGUCCAUAUAUGAACCAAAGCUGGGUUACAACAUCCCAGCAUUUUUCUAUUGAUUUUAAAGCAAUCAGUUGACUUAAAGUGAGUAAACCAUUUGCCGCAAAUUAACAAUGUGAAUGAUUAUAAAAGCGUAAUCCUUGUGUAUUGUUCAUAUGGACUACCCUUUCGUUAUGUUUGUGGCUGUUUUGACAAAUGUUACCUCCCCCAAUUGGGAAAACCACCAAAAAUUAAAAAUACAUAAUAAUAUGGUGUCAUGGCUUUGCAAUCAAAAAAAGGAAGUCAAUGGGUUCUAAUGGAAGUCAAUGGGGCAAAAACAGCCCUGAACAUAAUCAAAGGGUAGUCAAUUUGCCCAGAGUGUAUUGUUGAGUUUUUGAAAAAUUUCAAAGCAUCGUCCCAAACUAUGUGUCAAAAUAAGAUGUCACCAAAACUCAUCCCAUUCGCUGAAACACAGGAGAAAGUUAUGGUCAAAUCAAGACUCGAAAUCACUCCAGAGUGGAUGAAAACAUCCCCAACAGCACACAAGGGUUAACAGUCCCAAGUAUCAAUGGGUUUACUCGCUUUUAACUGAUCGCUUUUUACAGUGUAUAAGCAACUUCUGAUGUUGUUUUUCCACUUCGAUGUGAAAGGUUUGAAACCCCAGAGCUGCUACAUACUCUAAGCAAACAUCCAGACAGCGUCCCCUGGAUUUAACGCAGAUAUACAUAUAUGUGAACGUGCUGCGGGCUUACAUCUCAGUAAGAAAAUAACAGCAGUUAAGAUAGAAUCGGAUAAUCGUGAUGGCUUUUACGUAAGCUCUGCUAUUAGGCACUCCAGUCAAGUCUUUGAGUUCAUUUUUUGACUUUGCUCGAAGUAUAUCUCGGGCUUAAAUGAGGUUGUGUCAAGAGAUUAUAGGUGACAGAAAAAGUCUGUAAAAACCAACAACGACAAAAAAAAGGCCAUUGAUACACUGUGAAUGAAUUACAUGACAACGUAAAAGUGCCGUUUUGAAAGCGUGAACUCAAACUUUAUGACUUUGUGAUUAGAUGACUUUGAUAGACUCGCUGCUUUUUCUAAAUCAUUUACAGUUUGCAUUAAAGCCAAUAUUCCACUGA